CACACGGCCAUUGGGGGUUGGCGCGAUCCAAGGCCACGACAGGGGUGCCACAGCUGUGCUCGGCAGCACAGGCUGGGUCCUUGUCGCUAAAGCAGAGGAACCACUUCUCCUGGGCCCACGAGGUGGCUGUCCCAUGGUCUGCUGAGCACGUGCAGAGCCAGAAGGCCUAACCAGAGGCAACCGAAUACGAAGGUUAGAGCUAAAGGAGUAGAUCUAACGUGGAGUCAGGUGCCAUGCUUCUGCAACUUCUGCUGCUUCUGGCCCUGCUGGGCCCUUGCAGCAGCCUCCAGCUGGCGGAGACCAGCAAGAAUGAAACCGUGAAGGCUCCAGGCCCCCUAUACCCAGGUGAUGAUGGGGGACACCCAGAAGACGAUGAAUCAGACUAUGACUAUGUAGUACAAACAGACCCUCCGGAGACGCUUGACGAUAGCACCGAGGUCCCCAACUUUCUGCCUAUGGUGGCAACGCUGGGGCAGAGAGAGUCUGCAGGGCCUACGCCACCUGAGUCAUUCAUUCUAGAGAUGUCCACAAGGGACUCUGCUGUCCUGAAUGCCACAGGGGCAACCACUGAGAAACUGAGCCCAGAACUGGUCACACUGGUCUCUCUGACCAGAGAACUGGUCACUGAAAUCCCUCCCAAAAUGAAGGAUCCGUCCACAGAGCUGGCUGCAGCCACAGAAGCCUUGUCCACAGAACCCGCGCCCACAGAGGCCCCGUCCACGGAACCCAGGCUUACAGAGGCCCCGUCCACGGAACCCAGGCUUACAGAGGCCCCGUCCACGGAACCCAGGCUUACAGAGGCCCUGUCCACAGAACCCGUGCCCACAGAGUCCCUGUCCACAGAACCCAAAAUCAUAGAGACUCUGCCCACAGAACCAGCCACCACAGAAGCCCCUUUCAGGGAGCCCACUACCAUACCAGCCCUGCCCACAGAUCCAACCACUGUGGAGGCCCUGCCCACGAGACCUGCUACCACCAGGGGCCUAACCACAGCCCUUCCCGUGGCCUCUGAUACUCCCAAGGGCACCACUGUGGCAGCUGGCGACUGGUCUGAUGACUUCACUGGGAGCUCUGUGGCCCCGAUCCCCCCAGAGGGCCUGCCGGACCCGGGCCCUGUGAAGCAGUGUCUGCUGGCCAUCCUCAUCCUGGCCCUGGUGGCCACCGUAUUCCUCGUGUGCACCGUGGUGCUGGCCAUCCGCCUCUCCCGCAAGAACCACCUGUACCCCGUGCGCGAUUACUCCCCCAGCGAGAUGGUCUGCAUCUCGUCUCUGCUGCCCGAGGGGGGCGAGGGGCCCGCUCCCACGCCCAACGGGGACCUGCCCAAGGCCAAGGACCAGGGCCGGAAGGCAGGGCCGGGGGAGGACCGUGAAGGGGAUGACCUCACCCUGCGCAGCUUCCUCCCUUAGCUGCUGAGCUGCUGAGCCGGGGCCCAUGCCGAGGCUCUAAGCUGCGGGUCGGACUGCCUUGGAUUCCCCGGGAGACGGGAAUCUUCAGGGCGGGGACCCGGGCCGCCACACGCAGGACUGAGAGCAGCCAGGCUCCAGGCACCAAAGCAGGCCUGGCAAACAGAACCUCCAGUAGAGGCUGCAGACGACCCCCCAGCUCCCUGCCCAGCCCCCGUGUGUCCUGGGCUCCCUGUAAUGCCUCUGUUCCCCGGCGGCUGGAGUCUCAUGCUCAUGCACCCAGGGGGGCUCAGAGUUUGUCCCUGCCGCCAUGCCCACGACCCUUUCCUUCUACGGCCACAGCACAGGAAGGUGGCACUCGGCACUGGAUUCCUUAGUUCACUUCCUGUCGUCCCCCCUCAUUUGGGGAAUCUCUUGGGGAACCCACAGUGAGUUGUGGGGGCUGGGCAGGUUCCUUAGGGGACCUACAAGCUGUUGUCUAGUGACAGCCUAACCCCAUCCUGGCCUCCCUCGCCUCCCCCCGGGGUCUUGAGGUGCUCACAGAGGUCUCCGGGGCCCAGCUCAGGGCCCACGAUGGCACAGACGCUCAGUAAAUGUUUGGUGGUGAACAA